AUGUCGAUAGCAACUUCAUCUCCACGAUCUAUCGAAAAUCAGUCUCCGAAUCUCUCUGCGUUCAAAGCUCAAAUCUACAGUGACCCUUUUCUCCCGAACCCUUCCAACAACAACAACAUCAACGAGCAAUUAUCACUCCAUCCACAUGGUGAACCAGCAACGGUAAACCUUUCUGAAUUAGAAAGCCAUCACCAUAACGGACAAUUAUCAGGGGAGGAUUUCCACGGCUCAUUGCCAGUAUCUCCAAAUAAUAUCCACCUCCCAAGCGGCUCAAAGGGUGGCACCGCAUAUACGCGGCCAAAUACCAAUCCCUCGAGCAACGUUCAGUCUCCUACAUCCCACCAGGAUUUCUUAAGCCCCUCCGAUUACGCUGAGAACGGAUACAGCGAUUUUAGUUCCUACGGAUCUCCCGAAAUUGACGACCCCUUCUUCUUAGAGCCAGAAUUCGGCUUCAAUCCCGAAUCCGAGCCACUUACAUUACCGGGUUCUGAAGCCCUACAACACCACAAUUCACAGGAUAACGAGCCUUCAGGGCACAAUGAGCAAAAAUUAGAAACAACAACAUUAACAGCGUCUCAACUUUUGAGCCCAGGCCUUACAAACACUCCCAGUCCACCAUCUGACUCCCAAAAUAUGGACUUCUCUGGUAUGAAUGACGGAAGAGACAAGGCACACCGGCCUUCAAGAAUGGAUAUUCAUACCCAUCGGUUUCAACAUACACCAACGCUUACGACAUCCAGCCCGUGCAGCGAUACGCUUGAGGUUAGCACCUUUUCACAUAGAGAUCAACCUACGAGUCCGAUUGUUAAGGUAUCGAGCUAUACCCGAGGCGACUCUCCUUCCAGGGGCGAUGACCCGACGGAGCAGAGGUCGGACAAAAGGGGUCGACCUACAAUAUCGUCUUCCCAUCUUGCGCCAACAGGCAACAAGCACGAGUAUGACUACGAUGACAUUGACGAUAGCCACUACGUAGGCUCACAGUACAGGUCUAUUUCAGUUCCUCCACCGUCAUCUCGUGCGGACGAUGGGUCAUGGGUCGCCAGCUCCUCCACGGGACAAAGAGGACUUGAUCCUGCUUGCAGAGGUGACAUCUACGUGCCAAGCCCCAAAGAAAUGAUGGAGCAACGAAAAAGAGAGCAAAAGAACGCCGAUGUAGAACAGUGGUUGUCUGUCAGCGAGGUUAAUAGCGAGGUCCAGGAUAAUGGUGCUUUUGGCCGUAGGCCUAGCAGAAGAAACAAAUUGGUGACAUUUCGUCGCAGAGCAAAAAGCACUGGAGAUCCGGUAGCCACCCACCAGCAAUUCCUUGAUGAUUCUAAAAUCCCUGGGCCCGGUGUUUUAAUCGAUGAGGACAGCGGGUUAGAAGAUAUAGAAGAUGACAAUGACUCCAAUACUUCAAACAAAAUCCCAGAGACGCCCCCGGCCAAAGUGGAUCUAGAUUCUCGAGUCGAACUGUCCGGAGGGUAUUUCCCUCCAGUUACCAACGAUGAUGAAGCUCAGAAUGCGGAGCCAUUGCCCCGACAGUUUAUCAGAGCUCGACCCUGGCAAGACCAACUUAGAAACCCUCGGAUCGGCGAUACUAGACAUCAACCGUCGACCUCGAAUGCUGCGAUGUCGAGGUUCGGGCGUGCUGCUGAAAAUAUUGAAACUGCAUCGCGUGCUGCCACAUGGGGCACCACGCGAAGAAUGAGUGAAUCAGAUAUGCGUAGCUUACAUGCAGCCAAUGGUUCCUUCAUACCUUCAUAUGUCGAUAAAGAAAAGAAGCACACUAGGCGGAAUAGUAUUUUCAAACACACGAACAAACUUUUACCUAAAAGGAGCAACAGCAAUGCGAAACUUCCUACCCUUGCUUCCCCGCGUCAAGACAAAGCUCUUGCGCCUAGUCCUAUGUCAGGAAAGGGGCAACUUGACGACGAGGAGGAUGAGGAUGAUGAAGACGAGCCUAUGGGCGAUAAGGGCGUUACAAUGGACUUCGCUAUCCGAACGGAUCCUAUUGUUCCAACGCUCGAUGGCUUCAAGACCCAGAUUCAACAGCUCAAUCCAAGACUUAAGUCCCCAGCAUUGAUCGAGCGAUUCGCCCAAGAGCAGUUACGUCGAUAUAAAAAACUCGUUGAACUUAAAUUGCAACAUGCUCAAGCAGUGAGCAUGCAAAAUUGCACCUCAGGCAAACAUUGCUUUGAGCAGGGAGGCGAAGCCACCAUGCUCCCACCUAAAAUUAGUUCGAAAGAUCCAGACGCCACUUGCGCGCAGUUCCAAAUAACCAGCUCAGCCAAUCCAGAUGGGGAUAUGAGCAGCUUUGGCGAAGGAACUGUAACUGCUGCACUUUUUCCCAAUGGAGUCCUCUGCCACCGAGGCCGCGGCAGUGGAAACGGUAAAGGAGCAGCGAAGAAGAUGGAUAACCAGCAAAGCUCAAUUCCUGACCAGGAAGUAGAGCAAGUAUGGAAGUUGGUUGAAGAAUGUCAUCAUGUUACUUCCAAGCAACCAAAGGAUGAGCCAUGCCGAUUCUGUGACAAUGUCUGCAACAGUUGGAAGAAGCUCUCCGUGCACAUGGCAAAGCACAUGGAGCAAGUCGCCAUGCCAAUCCUAGGCCUUGUCAAACAGCGGACAAUAUGUGCUGAUACUCCUAUCAGCCCCAUCGAGCUAGGAAGCUACUCUCCCCGUCCGAAAGUCGAAAGUGGCCAGUCGCCAGCAAUGAGUCCCCUUCCAGGUACCGGGCCUUUCCGAAAUCCCUUCCAAUUAGAGCAGGCACCCAGAACUAGUGUUGGCCACUCAACUUUGUCCAAUUCAAAGGCACAAAAUACGGAAAGUUAUGCAACCGCGCAAUCUCCUCUGGUGGUCGACCAUCUCCAGAUGCAUACCGUGCAGAAUGAGCUGACUGCUGUAUCACUGAGAAUGGGAGGGAGGUCAAUCUCAGCCGGCGGAGAGAGGUACAAUCUCUCACCAUAUCCACGGCCAACGUCGCCGUCGGUUGGUGAGCAGCGAAACGUGUACCCAGUUACAACUAGAACAGGGCAACAACAAUUCAGCUCGCACCAUACUUCCACGACAUAUCCGCCCCUGUAUAACGCCGUGUCGCGGAGGCUAGAGUCACCUAUUUCGGACAUGGCCCAAGCGCCGGUUGGAGAGACGGUAUACAGCAUGGAUGCGUCAGCGGUCGCCUCCAGCAGUACCGCGUAUGGUAAUCAGCAGCAAAUGUAUACAUCACCAGUUGAGCAUGCCGGAUAUGUCUAUCAACAAAGUCGAGGUGGGAUAGAUUCGUCAGGAGUAAUGAACUUCAAUGACAUCGCAGUUACUGUGCAGUAUCCAGUGGUUUCAGGACCUGAUACCGAUCCCGCAGGCCAGUCGGAAGGCUUUGGCCAACACCGCGGCGGACCACACCACCAUCAGAGCCAGUGA